AUGACGGAAGACGAAGAUACAACUUGGUUGAUUGAGUUGGAAACAGCUCUUUUAGAUGGCUGCAGUUCCUACGAAAUAAACAACAUUACUAAGGGAAAAAAAUCCCCGAUAGUCUGCGAGCUGAUGUGUGGCUGGUAUGUCUUAAUUGCCAGGAUGAGAUCUGAUCCCUUCUUUAUAUUCUUUCUCUGUCUUAUAAUGAUAAUAAACGCUAGAGAACAGCUCUUACAAAUGAAGAAUGAUGACAAAGCAACUGUCAUAGAAACUUUGAGAAAAAUGCCUAGUGCACUGGAAGCAAAUGAUGUGUCUGACUUUUGUUCUCUGGCGCAUUACUAUUCUCUUAAGACACCAGUAUCAUUUCGGGAAGAUGUUUUAGAGGUACUCUUCUCUGAAAGUGGUCUUGAAAUAAACUCUAAAUUAUAUUCCCAAGCACUAUGUCUUCCGUUAGCUGUCCAUGAGCUAAUUGAAAGUGCAACUGUAGAUGCAAUAGAUUCCGAUACAGUGAAAUUCUUUUUAGUUGAUUGUCGACCAGCAGAGCAAUAUAAUGCUGGCCAUCUUUCUACUGCUUUUCAUUUGGAUUGUAAUUUGAUGUUGCAAGAACCUAAUGCUUUUAACACUGCAGUACAAGGUUUAUUAAGUGCACAGAGACAAGCAUUAGCUGCAGGAUCCCUGGCUGCUGGUGAACAUUUGUGUUUUGUGGGCUCAGGGAGAACUGAGGAAGACAGCUACGCGCAUAUGGUUGUAGCUUCAUUCCUCAAAAAGAAUAUUAAGCAUGUUUCUAUGCUCGAUGGGGGGUUUGUUGCUAUACAUGACUAUUUUGGCCCACAUAUGACAGACUGCUUGGAAGAUCAUAAUCCAUCAAAAUGUUUAGUCUGUGCACCAAAUAAUAACAAUUUUGGUAAAGAAAUAAGAGAAUCAAAGAGGCGAGACAAUAUUCCAGCCAUUCAGUUAUUUGGUAAACUCUCAUCUGCGAUGAAAGCUAAGAGUCAAGAGGUGAAAGGAAAACUGAUAGAGUAUAUUGUAAAUCCCAAUUCAACAACAACAUCUAAUGACUGGCAUGUCUCUGUAUCAGACAGGAAGGAGAACAGAUAUAGAAAUGUACCACCAGUAUUCAGCAUCAAUGAUGAAGACGAUGAAUCAUACUCGGACAUCAAACAAGAUGUUGUAAACACUGAAAUAAUGGAUGAAGUAGUGGAGAUAGCAACAUUCCUCAAAGGUUCGAAUGUAAUUAAUAGUUUCCAAUGUCAAGAAGUGCUAUACAACGGCUAUAUGUAUGACUCAUAUCUAGUGAUAACGGAAACUCAUUUGAUAAUUUUACGCGAAAUUCCUAAUAAGAAAGGCCUUGCCAAAGUAUUAUCUAGGCGAUUGUUAUCAACGAUUGUAAAAAUUACAGCAAAAAAACGACACCCAGAGUUAAUCACAUUCAAGUAUGGUGUGCCCGAUGGUGAUAACCUACUUAUUAAGGAUAUGGACCGAUUUCUUAUUCCCAACGCUUCACUAGCAACGAAGGUGAAAAUAGUCAAGACACUUAUUGACGACACGACAUUUAUAAUGAUAGAAAUAAUAUUUCCUAAAGAAAAGCACAAGUCCACGAAACAAUAA